CCUAGGUAUCAAGUAAGUAAUAUUAAGCUUUCCUGCUGCCAAUAUAAAUUUUGGCUUUAAUGCCUCUUCGAGGCAGCACUAUUUUCCUUGUCUCACAAGGCGUCUUAACUAACAGUAUUGUACGAGCACCGUCACUUUAUGCUAUCGGUUGAAAUCUACUAUGAGUUCUACGCAGAUAGACCUUUGCGCCGUUCCGGCAGGACCGUCCCCGGACGGAGAAUACAAUUUCGAAAAUCCGACAAACCUGACGCCGGUAAUAACUUCUAUCAGCACUAUCCUGCUAGCAAUCUCUGUGAUUCUCGCUCUUCUUCGAAUGCGCACAAAUCGGGAAAAGCUGCACCCCGCCGACUGGUGGACUUUGGUCGCUGUUGUUAUUAAUAUCGUUUUCACCGGUGUCGUAUUGGCUCAGCAUAAAUUCAACCGCCAUCAAUGGGACAUACCGGUAUGUUGGUUCACGGGCACGUACUUCAGGAUCGUGUACGUUCAAGCAAUGCUCUUCGCGCCCGUUUUCUUCACGUCGAAAGCCGCCAUCUUUUUGCUUUACCAGCAAAUUUUCGGGGUUCAGAGACGUAUCAGGAUCGCCGUCAAGAUUGGCUUGUUAUGUAGCCUCGUCUUAUAUAUUCCGAACAUACCUCUCUCUGCGAUUUUCGUGGCUCCUCCCCGGGGCCAGCCGUGGGUGUCGAUGUUGACGUCCGACGCGCCAAAGAAGAUGGUUAUAUGGGGUAUUGUGCAGAGUUCUAUUACUAUCCUGCUUGAUUUCUACAUCUUCUUCCUCCCUCUCCCCGUCAUUCUGAAACUCAACAUGCCAAUGGGACGGCGGCUGCAGCUUUUUGGUGUUUUUACAACAGCUCUCAUGGGUAUUGCUGCAAGUGCUCUGUCGCUUGCCUACCGCAUCACGCUUUUACACACGACCGACGCGUUGUGGCCGCAAACUAUAGUAACCCUUUGCGCAGUGGUCGAAGUCAACGUGGCUAUCAUCGUUAGUUGCAUGCCAGCGUCGGCCCAUCUAUGGAAGUUGCAUAUUAGCCGAUCCGUUCUUUUCCAAUCGUUGCGGUCACAGCUCUUGAACCUUGCCGGUAGUAGCGGUAGCAGGCGUUCCCGUGAUGAACCCAAGGACGACAGACCCAAAAUAGCAACCAUUGGCUCGGCUGAAGCGCCCCGGCGACGCGAUUAUUACGAAUUAACGGAUACUGCCAUCUUAAAGUCGCAGGUCACAGUCGAAGAUAACAUUCCAGGGACUCGUAACUCCCCACCGAGCGGCAUCGUCCGUUCCGUGGGAUUUUCUCAGCACUUCGGGUCUGAGAGCAACGAGAAUUUGACAUAAGAGAGCACUUGGAGCAAAGAUCCUCGCAUUUUGUUCAGUUCUGGGCGGUAAGGCAUUGGUUGCUUGAAUUGUUUGAGGGAUGUAAUAGCCUGCAAAUGGUAUAUACCAACACUACAGAGAGAGACCUUGCGCCAAGUUUGACAACAUUUGAAGUUAGCAACUAUGUUCACUCCUAAUAACUAUAUUCAUAGUAUAAUCAGAUUCCCCCCAUAGUGUGCAUGAUUAAGACAGCAACUCUUGAGAUAUUUUAGAUUACCUAUGCAUCUAACGGGGUUUGCUUUACAGCAACAAGAUGUCUACUUCGCAGUAACAAGAGAAUAAUGUUAGGCGCGAAAUUAUUCCUGUCCAUCCUCAUCAGUUACGCAGUUGGAUGCCUGG